CUCUGCCACAUCUGGAAGUCUGUGAGCAACCAUUCCAGAUUGGAAGAUGUCAAGAGUUUGGUGCAUUUUAUUCCUUGGUGGCUGGCUGGCGUGGUCAGGAGGAGCUGAUGGCCCAGGAGCUGUCAUCAGGAUUGAUCUUGGAACAAUUGACCACGCGGUCUCUGCUGCUCUGAAUGAGAGUGAUGUUCUGCAGAAAACGGCAGAGGAAGCAGCACAAAAAAAGCUGAGCAUCAAAGGCUUCUCGGGGCUUAAGGUGAAAGAUUUCCACCCACCGGUGAUAUCGCUGGCAGUCUCGUCGGCCUCAGGGCUCUUUGUGGCUGCCUUAGUCCAAAUGACCAUUGCUGGGAAAAGCUUUAUAGGAGGAAGCAUGGAAAUCACCGUGGCUGCAAACCUGACGGCGAGCAGCUUGCUGCGGCAGGACGCCAUGGGAAUCCCCAGGUUCAGCUCCAGGAACUGCCACAUCGCUCUCGUUAGCGUCAAAACCAACCGCCCCAGCAGCGUGCUGCCCAAAGUCAUGAACAAGUUUCUGGACAACACCCUUCACAAAGCACUGCUGCCUCUGCUGUGUCCAGCCGUGGAUGCAGUGGUGAACCUUGUGAAUGCAAAAUUCAUCACCAUGACUUCCGAGAUCCCUCUUUGGGAUGCUGGGACCCUCCAAUACACUUUACUCACCGCCCCACUGAUGAAUGACACUUUCAUAGAGCUGGAUUUGAAGACCAUUCUCCACCAAGAGGGGGGAAAGGAGGUUGACCUUCCUGUGGACCAGCUGUCUCUUGCUUCUCUGCCGGCAAAGAGGGAUGGUGUUACCCAGCUGAUCCUGUCUGCAAACUUCUUGAGUGCUGCGCUCUCUGUUCUGCAGGAGUCCUUUGACCUGGAGAUCACCAAUAACAUGGUUCUUGGGCUUCCCCCUCUGGUGACCACGAUGCUUAGAGCCCUCAUCCCUGAGCUUGCCAGGGUGCUGCCUCCAUCCCAGCCGGUGGUGAUUGAAAUGCGAGAAGCGAAAGCACCAGCGAUGACCAUAGCCCCGGAAAAAAGCUUUGUACAGCUCUUCAGCACUGCCGAGUUUCGUGUUUUCCCUUCAGGCUCUGCUCCCGAAUCCCUCUUUGUCCUGGAUGUUCACAGCAACCUGGAGGUGCAGUUUGCCGUUGCAGAAGAAAAGCUGCUGCUCUCCCUUGCUCUGCAAAGGCUGUCCCGGGUGGCCUUGGCUUCCUCCUCCCUUGGGGUGUUUGACGAGCUUCCACUGAAAGGUGUUUUGGCAGAUAUAAUUCAUGUGGCUUAUGUGCCGUGGAUCAACAGUAAGCACAGCUAUGGCUUCAUGAGAGGAUUUGCUAUCUACACAGGGAAAAUACUUCUCGUUUCUUUCCCUAUAGACUGCUGUUAUCUCUUCUUUUGCCACUGGCAGCGCCUGGCUGACCUUGCAGGCUUUUUCUGCCCUCAAGGCUUGUGGGUGACUCUGCCAGGAAAGCCGUUUGCCGGGUGUUUUGCACCCAUGGGGUUUGCAGGGGAGCUGGAGGAGGACAAUGCCUCCUGGUCAGUGCUCUGGCAUUCCAGCUCCUCUACGGGCAGGAGAGAUCCACCCACACAGAUCAGCUGCAAAGGAUGCAAGCUUCUCCUCUGAAGCUUCCCUGACUGUUGUUCUUGUCCUCAAAAUCAAAACUGCUUCUCAUGAAAAGCUGGGAAUGGUUUUCAUAAGAUCUUUUCCCCCAAAAAUCAACACGUCCCUCCUUGCUGUGCCUGAAACCAGGCAUAGUGCCAGUAAAACCCCACCCCAGAACAUCAGUUUGUCUGCUUAACUUGUAUGGGAAGGAUGCCAAAAGCAGGAAUUUUAUUACUGCUAAUAUGCACAAAACUAGGAAUUUCAGC